GUUUGAGUACUUCCGUAAACAGUUUUCGCGGGUGUUAUGUUUUUGUAGAUGUACAAAAUGCCACCAAAACAUAAAUUUCAGGAUGAGGAAAAGGUUUUGUGUUUCCAUGGUCCAUUGCUAUAUGAAGCAAAGGUGAUGAAGAAUGAGCUGCGGGAACGAGCCUUGCAUUACUUUGUUCACUACAACGGCUGGAAUAAAAGUUGGGAUGAGUGGGUUCCAGAGACGAGGAUUCUCAAGCUGAAUGAUGCCGGCCUACAGAAACAGAAGGAGUGCUUCGAUGCUCUGAAAGCUGAGAAGGCAAGAAAUCGAGAGAAAGCCCGGGAAGCAAGAGAGGCGGGCUUACCAUUACCAAGCAAGAAGAAAAAGAAGGAGAAGGAAGGAGGGCCCAGAGACCGAGCAGCCACGCCCACUACAGAUGUCAAGAGCAAACAGAAAGGCCCCGAAGCUGAUGAAAAGAAAGAGAAAGAAAAGUCAACGCCAGCUCCUGUUGCGAAGAGCAAGUCUCGGGGUGGUGAUACAACAGAGAGGUCAGCGAAACUACGGGGGGAUGGAGAUAAAGACCGAUCAUCACGGGCGUCCACACCAACCUCCACAUCAUCCACAUCCAAAAAGAGCAGCAAAGAUAGCGAGAAAGAACGUACGUCCAGAUCAUCAACACCUACCAUACCCCAGCCAGCCAAACGACAGAAAGUUGAGCGAGCGGCAGCAAGUGCAGCGGCCAGUCAGAUAGCCCAGCAGGCACAGCCUUCAACCCCAGCAUUACCCACGCCCCAACCACCAUCUCAGCCCAGCACUCAGGAAACCCCCACCCCUGCCACACCUGCUAGUCAGGCGUCCAGUGAGCAGAAGCGUAAACGUGCUCGCCUGGACCAGACAAUCGAGUCUGAGGAAUCGUACUUGGCCAAGAUCGAGGUGAAAGUGAAGAUUCCUGAGGAACUCAAACCAUGGCUUGUAGAUGACUGGGAUCUUGUUACACGACAAAAACAGUUGGUGACUCUUCCCUGCAAGCAUACAGUGGACAGCAUACUGGAUGACUACCUCCAGCUGAAACUUACAAAACCUAACCAUCCUAACAGAGACACAAUUAUAGAAGUGAACAAUGGCAUCAGAGAAUACUUCAAUGCGAUGCUGGGAACCCAAUUGUUAUACAAGUUUGAGAGACCCCAGUAUGGAACAAUUCUGUGUGAUUCCCCGGAUAAAGCUAUGUCCAGUAUUUAUGGUGCUACACACCUUCUCAGGCUUUUUGUUAAACUUGGCAGUAUGCUCGCCUACACAGCACUGGAUGAAAAAAGCAUACAGAUAUUGUUACAUCACAUUCAGGACUUUCUCAAAUACCUGCAAAGAAAUGCCUCUAGCUUAUAUAACCUGUCCGACUACCAUGUGGCAUCACCAGAGUACCAUCGGAAGGCCAUGUGAACACAGCUAUUACCUGACAAACAAUGUGAUUUCUAGUGCAUACAUGUAGCUCAGUGUAGCAGUAAUAGUUCAAUCACCCAAGCACUAAUUAGGGUGACCAAUCUUGGGUUGAAGAUAAGAAUGUUGCACUGACAACUAUUUGCCCAAGUUUAGAUACCUUAUUGGUACAGUUUUAUGCCAUAUUUGUGUUCUGGUUACUAUCACAAAACUAUGUUGUAGUUAUUGUUUAUAUUUGCUUCACUAAAUCAUUAACUCAGCAUACGGCUGGCUCAGUGAUAAGUAAUAGCCAAACAAAUACAUAACUUACUUAGUGCUGGCUUAGUAGCCGCUAAAUCACGAUCUCAUUGACAGAGGACUGAGUGUAAACACUAAUUAUACUGACGGUAUAUUUUGAGAAUUCAGUGUCAUUCAUUUAAUAUUUUUAUCACAGACAUUUUUAUCUUAGUUCAGUUGUUAGAAGUCUUCAAUGUUGCACAUUGUGUCAUAUGAAUGUUGUUUACAUGUAAGGAGAGUUCCUUUGGAGACAGUGAUUAUUUUGUGAGUGUAUGACCAAUCUUAAUAAACAAAAUGUCAAUG